UGGAGAUGUGGUGAGCUGGGACUUGCGACAAUGGAAAUACAACUGCCCUCCAGAGCCGGACAGCCAUCUACACUGUGCAUGGUCACUGUACAAAAUCAAAAUGUGGACAUUCUUGGAUACCUCUCUGAAGGCUGGAAAAUGUCCUAUGUCGCUGGAGGAAGUCGCGAGAAACUGGCUGGAGAACAUUUUCCCUCCAAGGAUUUCUGUCCGUGACGUCUUUGUGUCAUCUCCAAGCAGAAGCUGCCAUGGGGUUAAUAAUUUUUCAGCUCUGCAUGUGGAACGACCUCAGGCAUCAUUGGCAUCCUCCGCCUGUGAUAACUGUUUCAGCUGUGAAGUCUAUGUGAACGUGGAUCCUGCUGUUAAUGUGGACGUGGUUCAGGCAAACAUUACUGCUCUGCUGAGUGGGAACUACUCUUCUGACUUCCUCAACCUGACAGCUGACCCUUAUAGCAUCAGCGUCCUACCUGUAGAGUCUUUCCCUGAAGUGACAAAACCAACUCCGACUGUCAUCACUGAAUUAACUACAUCAGGUGAACCAACUCCGACUGUCAUCACUGAAUUAACUACAUCAGGUCCAACUGAAAGCCUGCCAGCUCGACCUGGCAACAUGUCAACGACUAGAGAGCCUCUAGAUCUCAAUGAAACCAUCGUUGGGCCAGAUUUAUUCUUCAGAGUUGAUCUGAACUUGAGUAUUACAGGCAGUCCUACAAAUCCAAAGGGUGACAUAACGACAUGGGUGAAAAAUCAGCUGGAGGUGAAUAACAGCAUGAUUGUACUGAACCUCAUCAUAGAAGAGGUUAAUGGCAGGUACAUGGAGCAGUACAAUGGACACAUGAUUUUGAACGGCCAACAAACACAAUAUAACUGUACCUUCCAUGUUCAGGAAUUCAACAUGAACAGUGUGGAAAAUAAUAAAGCUCUAAUCCAUGCCGCACUGACGUCAAAGUAUGAAAAUGGAUCAUUUACUAUACAAACUAUUAACUUAGUGAUCAAGCAUAUAGUGCCAGAAAACUGCUUAGAGGAAACCACUUUCACAAUCUUUGGAGAAUAUAUUUGGCCUGAAGCAUUUCCAGAAGUUACCCAGGAAAUGGGAUGCAAGAAGCCAAAAUCAGAAAGAGCCUCCAGGCUUUGCAAGUUAGACAUUGAAACUGACCGGACCAGCUGGUCUGUUCCUGAUAUGACAAAUUGUAAACCAAUUGUAACCAUAUCAGACUUGGAAAAUAUCAAUGUCACUACUGGUAACGCGGAGCAGGUGGUGGACAUGAUUCAGGACCUUGUAAGUAAUCAGUUAGAAAACAAUACAGAGCUAUUUUCCGCUGAUCUGGAUACAGUUGUGGACAAGCUCGGUGAAGUGGUUGAUGCCAGUGUCGUCAUACCCGCUGUUGGUGCAGAUAUUGUCAAUAUUGUUGCUGAUAUCCUGCUUUCCAAAACUGACAUCACUCCUGUGGCUAGCAUUGUCCUAAAUCUAACAGAGAGAAUGUGUAACAAAAUGGAUUUCCAAGAUGAAUCUGUCAAUGUAACAGCACCUUCACUGGCCCUGUCCAUAGUCAAUGUAGACCCAGGUGACUUCAGAGGCCUCACCUUUGGUGUGUCCUGCACUUCUCCAAUCCUAAACCCAAAGAUUUUUGUCAACCAGAACUUUGUGAGUGAACCACUCCCUGACACAGAUGCGACUAUCGCUUUGCCCCCUGCCCUCCACGACCUUUUUCUUCCUGGAAAGGAUAAUAAAACUCGUAUCCAGUUUCAGUUCUAUGGCACAGAAAAACUUUUUCAGGAUCCAGACCUCAACAAUGGAGCACAGAGUAGCUUGGCAUUGAAUUCAUACAUAGUGUCUGCCAGCGUCAAUGGCAGCCAUGUACACAACUUAAAGGAUAAGGUGGUUGUGACCUUGAACCAUCAAAAACCCAAACAGCAAGAGUUUGAGGUACGGUGUGUGUUUUGGGAUUUCCAGAAAAAUGCCGGGCAGGGAGGUUGGAACAGCGGAGGUUGUGAGACUCAGAGUAUCUCUUCUAAUCAGACCAGCUGCCUGUGUGAUCACCUCACUCAUUUUGCUGUGCUGCUGGACGUAUCCAGGAGGGAUCUCAGCGAUACUGACAGUCAGAUCCUGACAGUGAUUUCAUAUCUUGGUUGUGGUAUAUCAUCCAUCUUUUUGGGCAUCACUCUUCUCACCUACCUUGCUUUUGAAAAGCUGCGUCGAGACAACCCAUCUAAGAUACUCAUCAACCUGUCAGCUGCCCUGCUGGGGUUGAGCAUGCUCUUCCUUCUCAACUCCUGGCUGUCAUCUUUCUCCAACUACGGCCUGUGCAUUGCGACUGGUGCGUCGCUGCACUACUUCCUGCUGGCUUCUUUCACCUGGAUGGGCUUGGAGGCUGUGCACAUGUACCUCGCACUUGUCAAGGUCUUCAACAUCUACAUUCCUUCCUACAUCCUCAAGUUCUGUGCCGCAGGAUGGGGUAUUCCUCUGGUAAUAGUCAGCAUAGUGUUGGCCAUAGAUAAAGAUGCGUACGGAAAUGCUACACCUGAAGAGGCUAAAGUGGCGCUUCAGUUCACUGACCAAUUCUGCUGGCUGCAGAAUGACGUCUUCUUCUACGUGACGGUGGUGGCUUUUUUUCUUCUGAUCCUGUUGUGCAACAUCUUCGUAUUUAUCAAGGUUCUGGUUCAGAUCAGACAGAUGAGGUUCAAUAAGUCAUCAGCAAACAGCCGCACGUCUCUGCAGGACCUGAGGGCGGUGGCCAGUCUUACUGUCCUGUUGGGCCUGACCUGGUUAAUGGGCUUCUUUUCAUUUGGCCCAGGAAGAGUGGCCAUGCUGUACCUGUUCUGCAUCUUCAACACUUCACAGGGUUUCUUCAUUUUUUUGUUUCACUGUCUGAUGAAGGAGAAUGUGAGGACGCAGUGGAGAAUUCACUUGUGUUGUGGACGUUUCAGACCCAAUAAUUACUCAGACUGGAGCCGCUCUGCCACAGGUGGCACUGGUGGUCGCCCCAAAAAGAACAUUCUGGUUAACACUGUCUCAGUGGCUUCUGAUAACACCACCACCAGGAAGGUGACAGAUUCCUCGACAGGAUCAGCACCAAACCACCACCAGAGGGCGUGAGUGGGCCUCCGUGUAUGUCUUGUUUUAAAACGCUGCAUUGUUCAAAGAAGAAAAUAAAAUCACUUGUUUUUUUCUAAUACAGUUCAUGCGAGGUUUGCUACCAACUGUCCCUGCAGCAGCUCUUAUAUGCUGUGGCACUGUGCUUGUAAUUUAAGUGUAUCUGCAAUUUCAAUGAUAAUAAAAGCAUUAUUGUUGAAACUU